AUGGAGAUUCUUCUCAGUUGGUUCAUCUUCUUCUCAGCAUGCUUUGGACAGAAAGAUAUGCUGAGCAAGGUCAUUAUUUUCCCAAAGGCAUCAAACAUUGAUCGAGUUGUCCUGAAACCGAUAGCUGAAAUACCCCUAUACAAACUAACAGUCUGUGUGAGCUCCUACACUGAACUUCAGCGAGAGCAUGCCCUCUUCUCUCUAGCCACACCGGAAAUGGAUAAUAUGUUUCUUAUUAUACAAAGACCACCAAAUAUCUGCGCCAUUCAUGUACAUCAAGAACUCAUUUCAUUCCAAAUAGAUGCAGGGGUUCUUGAAUGGAACCAUAUCUGUGUCACUUAUGACUCCAGUACUGGAGUGGUCCAGCUGUGGAUUAAUGGAAAAGCCUACCCAAGGAGAGUUGUGGGAACUAAGUUGCCUAUAGGCCAACAGAUUAGUGUCAUCUUGGGGCAGGAUCAAGAUAGCUUUGGUGGUAUGUUUGAUGUUAAUCAGUCCUAUACAGGUGAACUAGCCAAUGUAAAUAUGUGGGACUAUUUGUUAGCACCAGAUGAUAUAAAAAAUGCUAGGAAUAAUGGUUAUUCUCUUUUUGGAAAUAUGAUCAGUUGGAGAAAUCUGACAUAUGAUUUGAAGGGGGAGGUUCUUGUGUUAUAA